AUGGAUGAACCACUUCUCUCCAAAGAGCAACCACAAGAAAGAAAACUGUCCUUCCAAGAUCCAGAGAAUAGCCCGCUUCAGAGCCAAUCCAGCCACCACCACUUCGACAACAACACUGAACCCUUACUUCCCUCAACAUCUAAUUCUUCCUUAGCAAACCAUUUAGUUAACUGUAACAAGAAGCGAAAUCUUAUCCGGAGAUCAAACUCUGCUCCUUCCAUAUUAUCAGACGUGAAGGUAGGCCUUCGGGAUUCAUUAGACUCGAUAGCUUCCAUCAAAUCAGUACCUCUAACUGUGAAGCAAGCUUUAGCUGGAGUAGCAGUAUACAAAAUGAUCGGCGUUUUAAUCUACCUGCUCAAAUGGAGAAGUUUCAGGGGAAUAAAGAGCUGGAAGCUUGUUGAUGCUUUAUACUUCAAUGUGGUCACUCUAUGCACCAUUGGUUAUGGUGACAUAGUUCCAGACACAACGUUUACCAAAAUGUACACCUGCGGCCUUAUUCUAAUUGGUUUCGGAUCUAUUGACAUAUUGCUAAACGGAUUAGUUAGCUACGUUCUUGACCGGCAGGAGGCAGUUUUGCUCAGUAUGGUUGAUCAAGACGGGUUAACUACUGUGGUCCGAACUUAUAUGAUAGAUACUGCAAAAGGUAGAAUGAGAAUACGAAUCAAAGUGGGAUUGGCUUUGGUAGUGGUAGUUGGCUGCAUAGCCUUAGGAACAGUUAUGGUGCAUAUUUUAGAAGAACUAAGUUGGGUUGAUAGCUUCUAUUUGUCUGUAUCAUCAGUCACUACAGUUGGCUAUGGGGACUAUGCCUUCUCAACACUAAGAGGAAGGUGCUUUGCAAUUAUCUGGUUGUUGGUGAGCACAUUGGCUGUAGCAAGGGCCUUUCUGUAUCUAACAGAGCUCAGGAUUGACAGGAGAAACCGCAAGAUGGCUAAAUGGGUUCUUGAAAGAAAGAUAACUCCUGAGGAUCUGGUAGCUGCAGAUCUUGAUCAUAAUGGUUCUAUCAGGUACACUACGAAGUUCCCAUGA